UCAAGAUGAAGUUGUGCGGAGUCGUGUUUAUUCUCCUCGCAUUUGUCGCCGUAUUAAUCGACUCUAUUGAACCGAAUGAAAUAAUAUUAACUUUCGAAUCUGCGGAGUUGAGCAAGAAGGCGGAGUUGGGUUACCGUAGAAUUUUCAAGAGGAGCAUGCAACAAUGCAACGAAUGUAUUACGAAAGGAAGAUUUUACGUAACCUUGAAUAAAUCGGACUUGGUCGGAACAUUCUACCACUUGUGUCCUGCUGGAAAAAUAUUGAGCGAUGACAGGAUUUGCGUGGAUGAACCUUACAGUAACGAAUGUGUUUGUCCGUGGUUGACCUCUGCCACAAAUGUGAAUGGAACCAUCAUAGGAAUUGAAUUGAGGCGACUUCCUAGUAAAGAAGAUCAGCUUCGAUCGUUGAUUGUACUACACAACUGACAGUAAAUGAUGUACAGAAGUAAAUGAGAGGAGGAGGAAACAGGAAUGAUAUUACACACUCAUUUCGUUUUGUGCCUCACGUUGUCGUAAUCGUAAAUUAAUUGUGAUAACAUUAAUAUGACAAGCAGGAAAACGGUAAUCGGAUAAUCACGAGAAAUUGAAACUGAAAUGUCCAUAAAUGUGCAAAAUACAAACAUUUGAAAGUUUAUGUAAUAAAAGUACCUAAUAUAUAAACCACCAA